AUGAUCAUCAAGACGCUGAAGGCGCGCAUCCUGCGCGCGCUCAAGUCGUCCCUCCCCGACGAAUCCGCCGGCGCGGACUCCCCGCCGCCGUCCCCUACCAAGCCUGGCGCCCGCGGCAUCGCGUCCGUCCACGCCGGCGACUCCUUCUCCGACGACGCGUCCUUCUUCGACGCGCGCGAGGCCGAGACGCCCCCCAAGGCCCCGCACACCCGCCACCCCUCCACCUGCACGGAGCCUCUGGACGAGUGGGAGCUCGUGGACGACCCGGACGGCCGCGCAGCCCCCGCGCCGCCGGCGGACGGCCCGGACCCGCUGCUGGACUUCCCCGCCCGGUGCCCGCCGGGCGGGGAGGCCGCUGUGGUGCUCUACACCACGACGCUCCGCGGGGUGCGCCGCACGUUCGAGGACUGCAACGGCGUGCGCGCGCUGCUGGAGAACCUGGCCGUGGCGUUCCAGGAGCGCGACGUGUCCAUGGACCGUGGCCUCCGGGACCAGCUGUGGUCGGUCACGGGGGAGAAGGCCGUGCCCCCGCGGCUAUUCGUGCGGGGACGAGACGUCGGCGGCGCGGCGCAGGUGCUCGCGCUCCACGAGGAGGGCCGCCUCGUCCCCCUGCUGCUGCCGUCGGUGCCGGCGCCCGACGACAAGAAGCUCCCCGCCUUCGGAGGCAAGAAGGGCAAGUGCGGGGCGUGCGGGGGCCUGCGGUUCGUGGUGUGCGGCGAGUGCGACGGCAGCCGCAAGGUGUUCGACAGCGGGCGCAGCGGCGGUGGCGGCGGCGCGCGGUGCCGCGGGUGCAACGAGAACGGCCUCGUCAUGUGCCCGCUCUGCUUUUAG